CUCCUGCCGCGUUCGACGUCAGGAGCGGAAUCUCUCUCAGCAAAUUUAUGCUCCUUUCUUAACCAAUCCGAGGCCAAAACCCGAAAAAAUUACAGAGUGAUACAUACAUCAAGAGAAUGGCAGAGUCAUCUGAGGGUGAGGAGGAAGGGAAGCUGACCGGAGGGAACCAACAGCUGGUAGUGGAUGAUGAUCUCCGUGAGAUGGCCAAGAAGGCCGCCUGGAGUGUCAGCUCGUGCAAGCCCGGCAAUGGCGUCCUCUCUCUCCGUGACGACAAUCUCGACACCUAUUGGCAAUCAGACGGUGCACAGCCUCAUUUAGUGAAUAUUCAAUUCCAAAAGAAAGUUAAACUGCAAUUGGUUGUUCUUUAUGUUGAUUUCAAGCUUGAUGAGAGCUACACACCUAGUAAGAUCUCAAUUCGUGCUGGCGAUGGUUUCCACAAUAUGAAGGAGAUAAAAGCAGCGGAGCUUGUGAAGCCAACUGGUUGGGUUUAUAUAUCUUUAUCGGGGAGCGACCCAAGGGAAACGUUUGUGAAUACUUUCAUGUUGCAAAUAGCAGUUUUGUCAAAUCAUCUUAAUGGAAGGGAUACUCAUGUGCGCCAAAUCAAAGUUUAUGGACCUCGGCCGAAUCCUUUUCCACGCCAACCAUUUCAGUUCACUUCUACAGAGUUCAUUACUUACUCUACUGUGAGAUGAAGAUUUUCAUAUCUGAAAUGAUGAAAUUCAAAACAAGUAGCCUCCCCAACUGCAAUUUUGGAAGUGUUUCCUUUUGGAUUCAACAUAUAGUGCUCGUUAUAUUAAACUUUUAUCACUUCUGAAAGGUAUUUGAGCCAGAAUACAUGUGACGAUGCAAUGUUGCAUUGAUUCCUUGCAGCAUAUUUGUCGUAGAUAUAACUAUGACACAACGUAAAAUGUAGAACUUGUCAUUUGUUUGUCUCGCUCGUUCACAAUAUUCUUCUCAUGCUGCAAAAUGUCAAUUUUAGCUGUUCAUGGCUUUUA